UGUAGUAAAAAUAGAGAAACGAUCAGUUCGCUGAUAAGGAAGCUGAAAGAACAAGUAAAGCCAAUGGAAAAUCAUACCUUUGAGCCGACGUCAUUUAAUUUUGCAAUACAAAGUAGUCCCUUUGUAGAACUUGGUGUUGAUUUAAAUCUAGCGCGGAGCAGAAGUUUUCAAAGUAAUUUUACCAUGGAACUUGAUGUUGAUUUGGAGAAGAGUCAAGAUUUGAGAAGAAAUCUUACCAUCGACGAUUUCAAUUUGACACAAGGUCAAUUAAGUAAUCCCGCAGUUGAUUUCAAUUAUGGACAGAUCCAGAGGUUCAAAAGUAAUCCACCUGAAAACGAUUUUAUUGUGACGCCGGGCCCUAGUUCCAGUUCGAAUGACAUUUCUAGUGAUGAUGAAUCACAAGAAAACCUUUUGCAAUUAUAUAUUGGACUUCCGUUUAAUACAUAG